AUGGAUGGAAGGUGGACUCGGAUGAUGGUGAUGACGAGGGAGAAGAGGGAGAAGAGGGAGAAGAGGGAGAAGAGGGAGAAGAGGGAGAAGAGGGAGAAGAGGGAGAAGAGGGAGAAGAGGGAGAAGAGGGAGAAGAGGGAGACGACGAGGAAAGCGACGACCUUGCAAAAUCGCAGCUCGGAGAUGAACCAGAUAGCCCUGAUGAUUCCAGUAGCGAUGACACUACAAGCAGCAGCGAUAUUUACCCAAUAA